UGCCCAAGAGUAUGCAGUGACAGUCUCCAAUCGGUUUGGAGUGCUUGACACCAUUGAGAACCAAGUAGAGCUUUGAGAUUCCUUCAAACGUGAGACACUCGGUAGAGACGCUGGACAGUAUUGAGGAAAGUCGCACUGCCAGACUUGCUGGGAACCGCAACCAGUACAGGGGUCAAGUAGGACUAGAGCUCUUCUGAGGAGAGACAUGGAGAGGUAUGUCUGGGGUCUCGCUGAGGAUAUAAUGUGUCAUUUAAAUGGUAACGACCUCCGAUCUGCCUAUCAAGCCCUGAAGAAACUCCAAGUUUACAUCUCAGGCGAGCGCUAUCCGAACAGCAGAUGGUAGCCUCGUAUCAGACACAGACGGACAGAUGGUUCGUUUGGCUGAGUGCUUUGAGCAGCCAUUCACGGUGAAUCCUCCAAGUGGACAGCUCCAAACUGCAGGGUUACAGAUGCUGGAUGCUGAUUCACCCAUUGACAAAACUGCACCCUCUAAUGAUCAUGUCAAAGAGACUGUGGCAAAGUUGAGGGGUGCAGAGGCAGGUGGCAUCUGUAACAUCAGUGCGGAGCUGCUCAAAGCGGAGGGUGAGGCCAUGACCAUGGGUUGCAUGCUGUCUUGACUGCUGUAUGCCAUUCAGGUACCAUUCCCCCUGACUGGAAAAAGGGGUUGGUCAUCCCUAUCUGGAAGGGGAAAGGAGACCCAUUUGCUGUUGAUGCAUAUCCACAGUUACCUGCUGGAACACCAGAGACCUGAAUAGUUAGUGUUCACGCCUAGUAAGUCAACAACUGACCAGAUCGUAGUGUUUCAUGUACUGGUGGAGUGCCGACACGAGUUUCAACAAGGGAUGCUUGCAGCCUAUGUCGAUCUCGAGAAAGUAUUUGAUUCAGUGGAUCUAGAGACACUCUGGGAUCUUCUGUGUCUCCAUGGGAUUCCUGCAAGGAUUACUGGUCUAUUAACUGACCUCUACUCCGGGGCUGUGAGUGCUAUGAAGUGUGGAGGGGUUGUGUCCAGCUUCUUUCCUGUGAAUAUGGGACUGGAGCAGGGAUGCGUGCUUGCUCCAUCACUUUUCAACACUUGCAUGGACUGGGUACUAGGCAGAAUUGUAGACCAAAUCAUUGUGGAGCAUCUGUUAUCAAUACUGAGAUUACAGAUCUUGUCUUAGCCGAUGAUGCAGUAAUCUUUGCUGAGUCACUGGAGGUUCUGGUAAUGGCUCUUGAGACACUGCACGAGGAGGCAAAGCCCUUGGGACUCCAGGUUUCCUGGCCCAAGACCAAGGUUCAGGUGUUUGGAGGCUUACUGGACGAAACAGUACAGUCCGUCCAUGUGUGUGGUGAGGACAUCAAGAUCUUAGAGAAAACUUCACAUACCUUGCUAGUGUAGUGUGUAACGAUGAUGGGUCGAGCCAGGAUGUUGUAUGGCAGAGUGGCCUGGACCACAGCAUUAUGGACUCGCUUAAUACGAGUAUUUGGCAUUGUUGGUACCUGUGCAGAUGGAUGAAGAUUCAGGUCUUCAAGUCGCUGGUGAUCCCUGUCUUACUCUAUGGUUGUGAAACAUGGACGCUGAUCACCGAUCUGAAGAGGUGAAUUGAUGUCUUUGGUACUAGAUGCCUUCGCAGGAUCAAGGGGUACAGCUGGUAUGACUUUGUGUUAAAUCAGCGAUAGCUCCAUGAAAAUUAUUCAAGGCCGAUUACCAGCAUAGUCCUUCAACGCCAACUGCAACUAUAUGGGCAUGUGGCACGCUACCCAGAAGCUGAUCCUGCAUAUUGGGUUGUCUCCAAAAGGGAUAACCCAGCAUGGAGGAGGCCAAAGGGACGUCCACAAAACUCAUGGCUGUGGUGGGAAUUACUUGGCAUGGGAAGGGAGCCUGCAUGGAGACUCGCGAGGCGUGACCGCUUGGAGUAGCGCCAUAGGGUAGGCGAGGUGACACGCCCCCCAGUGUAUGGCCCCAUGAUUGAUUGUUUGAUUGGCUAUCACUUCCGUGCCAGGGACAUGUCUCUGUGUGCUGAGUGCAUAAAAGUGAUAUGUAGUGUCUGGCAUGAAGGCAUACAUUCCUCUCUUUUUCUAGAUUUAAUUCAAGAGUUUUCUCAUUUUUUUCGUCUAUUUUUAUGUUAAACAUUGUAACUUCCUGCCUACCUCUACAUUUCCUUCUUCCUUUAUCUUGAACUCCUUCAAGAGAAAGGUUUCAACACUGGCUCUCAUGUGAGCUUUUAUUUCAACUUACUCUUGCCUUUGGUUAGUGGAAUUCUUGCAUAAAAAAAGAAAAAGAAGGAACAAGAAAAAUUUGCAUCUCACCUUCUCAACUGAUACCCAGAGUGCUCCUAUAAACAGUCUAUAAACAGACUGAAAAAUAUAAAGUUCCAGAAAUGAAAACAAGUUCAUCUUCUUUUAGGGCGAUGUGACUUCUACUUUGGACAUGAGCGUAUUCUGUCUCACCCCAUAUCACUGAUCGGCCAGAAGGACAGCCCUCUCAUCCCAGUCUUCAACAAACGAAUAACAUCCAUGAGUGAAGCGGGACUCUAUAAUUAUUGGGACAAGGAUCUAAUGCCCAACUCCAGCGCGUGUGAGCGAGUACCAACUAAGAUUACCAUCAGCUCAUCCCUCUCGCUCAGGCAGUGUUGGGCAAUGCUGGUGGUGCUCGCUGGAGGUCUGCUGGUGAGCGUUACCAUUUUAUGCAUGGAGAUGGUGAUCGCUUAAGUUCUGCGUCGUAUCAUCAUCAUGCAAGGCGCCUGUACAGUACUACAGAAUAUGCGCUGUCUUCAUUAUGAAGAACUUGGUAAUAAAACAAUCAUUGUGCUCUGAUGGAGGGAGUGGUCAGACAGCAAGUGUGAAUGCGCGCACCACAGCCUGGAUCCACCCACGGCUGUGCAGUUUAUAAUGGGACACGACGCUCCUCAACACACUGCUCUGCCUGCCUGCAUGCCUGCCGCCAACCUCGCCCUCUCCUCUCCCACAUUUAUAUGCGACGCGACAUGAGCCUGGCGGAGGCGUUGUGUUUCCUGGCCUGCCUGGCAUACACGGCUCAGCUGAACCCCGCGGCUGACCGAUGGAACACAGACGCGGUGGUCGCUGUGAAGGAAGUGUUCCAGUCAUCAUCACAGGUGGACGCCUCUCUCAUCAUUAUUGCUGGAAAAAGUUUCACUGUAAGUCUUUUCAUUCGUCUCCCUAUCAUGGCAAACAGUGAACAGCUGUCUCUGUACAUUAGCGCGGAGAGAGACAAGGCACAACCAUUUCAGGGACAAAUCGAAGACCUCCUCGGGGACUCGCGAGGAGCGGCAGUGUUUGAGACGACCUCCAACACCUCUCGGCUUGGCCAGGUCGUCGCCAGUGCCCGACAGGUGCGGCAGGCGUCAUGGGAGGCAGUGGUGAUAAUAGUGAGUGACGACCCAGCCUUUCUCGUCGCCUUCGCGGUACAGGCACGCGAGACUCGCCUCUUUGUGUGGGCAACAAAACUCAUCGUGGUGACGCGUCGCUGGCCCCACCGCCUCCAUCCCCUUCACCAGAUGCUCUCCAUCACCAACUCCCUCCUCGUGGUGCUGGACGCCGUGGCAGGGGUGAGGAGCCAACAGAACGUUCCACUUUCCCGGGCAGCUGCUUGGGUAGUCUUGCCGUACCAAGACCCUGACUUCCCUCCGCAAAGGAGAGCUUCGUGGACAGUGACCCAUGGCUUACAUUUACACAAGCCACUCUUUUGGGAUAAGUUCUGGAAACUCUCUAAGGAGACCAACUUGUUAGUGGCGAUGGAGCAAAAUCAUGGUAACAAGGUGGUCAUGCAGCCAGACCCGACGGCCCCGAGCGGCACAAAACUACUCUUCAGGGGCUUUAUGGUCCCCGUCCUCGAGUACUUGGCGCAAGGACUCAACUUCUCGUUCUCCUAUCAGAGGCCGCCGGACGGGGCGUGGGGUGCCAAGCUACCAAACGGUUCCUUUAGCGGCAUGGUGGGCCAAGUCCACAGGGAGGAUGUUAACUUCGGCCUGGGACCUUUUUCCAUUGAUGCUGCCCGUAACGAGGUCAUCGAAUUCACUUGGCCAAUUUCUUUCGUGGUGGUCAAAGUGUUCGCGGGUCGAGGUAGUCCUGAGGUGGACCCGUGGGCCUUCCUGCUGCCCCUUGGCCCAGGGGUGUGGGCAGCGAUGAUUGCUUCCAUUCUGGUGCUUUCCAUCAUCACAUUCUUUCUCUCUACAGUGUUCUUGCAAGAAGAAUUUAACACUGAACAUUUUGUUACGACGAAGCUCAAAUUCAUCAGCAUUGUGCUUCGCCAGUCCGUGUGGAUAGAGGGAAAUGUGUGGUGGUGGGAGCGUCUGAUUCUUGGUGUGUGGAUGUUAAUGACUCUGGUGCUGAUGCGGAGCUAUGAGAGCACCCUGAUGUCCCUCCUGGCCGUGAGACACCUGCCGCAGCCCUACCAAACCCUCAGAGCAGUGCUCGACGACCACUCCGUGGGCAUGGUGUGGCACAAACAGGGCGCGAUCAUGCAGGCAAUAAUGGACGCCACCUCUGGGAUCUUCAUUGAGGUGAAGGCGAGCGAGGAGGAAGGGCGCCUCACUAAGCUGCCACUGUAUGCAUAUGCUUCAAUCGUGGACCAAAUUAUAUCGCACGCCAAAGUAAUCAUCGACUACGAUGUAAUAACGACAGUCGUCAGGAACGACCACUUCUCUGAGACAGGGCGAUGUGACUUUUACUUUGGGCACGAGCGCAUUCUGUCUCAUCCCAUAUCACUGAUCAGUCAGAAGGACAGCCCUCUCAUCCCAGUGUUCAACAAAAGAAUAACGUCAAUGACUGAAGCUGGCCUGUACAACUACUGGGAGAUGGAGGCGUUGCCGAACUCAAGUGCCUGCAAUCGAGUACCAACUAAAAUCACCGUCAGCUCGUCUCUUUCACUCAGGCAGUGUUGGGCCAUGUUGGUGGUGCUCGCUGUGGGCCUGACAGCAGCUGUUGUUACUCUGUGCAUGGAGGGAGUGCUCGCCCAGGUCUUGCAUCACUGAUCGCAGUAUGUUCCGCGCUGAAGUUGGAAGUUGCAUUACGACAUGAAAAUAAACAUGAAAAUCCAAGCUGUGAGAUGAUUGAUGUCC